AUCAUGUGUGCCAGCGGUGACACAAUCAGGAACAUCAUGUUGGCUGCUCAUCGGCAAGGAAUGACCAACGGGGACUACGCUUUCUUCAAUAUUGAACUCUUCAACAGCUCGUCAUAUGGAAAUGGCUCUUGGAGAAGAGGAGACAAACAUGACCUUGAAGCCAAGAAGGCAUACUCGUUUCUCCAAACCGUCACUCUGCUGAGGACCGUGAAGCCUGAGUUUGAGAAGUUUUCCCUGGAGGUAAAAAGUUCUGUUCAGAAGCAAGGUCUGCACGAGGAUGACUACGUGAACAUGUUUGUGGAAGGAUUCCAUGAUGCUAUUCUUCUUUAUGCUCUAGCUUUACAGGAAGUCCUGAAGUUUGGUUUCAGUAAGAAAGAUGGGGAAAAAAUUGUUCAGCAAACACGGAACAGAACAUACGAAGGCAUUGCAGGGCAGGUGUCCAUUGAUGCCAACGGAGACAGAUAUGGGGAUUUCUCUGUGAUUGGAAUGACAGACCCAGAGGCAGGCACACAGGAGGUGAUCGGGGACUACUACGGAAAGCAGGGACGUUUUGAAAUUCGAUCAAAUGUGAAAUAUCCUUGGAAUCAUGGCAGGCUGCGACUAGAUGAAAACCGAGUUUCAGAACACACAAACAAUACACCUUGUAAAUCAUGUGGUCUAGGAGAAUCAGCGGUUACAGGAAUAGUUGUGGGCGCCUUGCUCGGAACAGGAUUGCUAAUGGCUUUUUACUUUUUCAGAAAGAAAUACAGAAUAACUAUUGAGAGACGAACUCGACAGGAGGACUGUAACAUGGGGAAACAUCGGCAGUUACGUGAAGACUCCAUUAGAUCUCAUUUUUCUGCCGCAUAA